AUCAAACCAACAGGACGCCGCACGCACCCAUCGAGAGCAGCAACUCCAUUCCCUUCCCCCUUCCUUCUUCAUCACCCUCCCCCUCCCCCUCUCCGCCCCCAAAAAAUCUCAACGAAACCCCGUCGCAUCCCCUCCUCAUCCCAGGCCAAAAGCCCUCUGCUUUUCGCCUCCCUCUCUCCUCCCCUCCUCCGGGCCGGGGGUUCGCCGGCGGUGGUGCCUUUGCACUUCCUGCCUCGGGUUUUAGGGGGAUUCUUGUGGGGUUUUAGGUAGGCCGUGUCUGGGGCGCAGGCAAAUGCGAGUGGAGUUUUAGGGAGAGUUUUUGUUUCUUCCUUUCCUCGAUGUGGCCCAUGGAGGAGGAGUUCUUCAUGGCGGUGAAGAGGACCGAGCACGUCGAGGUGACGUCCCGGUCGCUGGCGGCGUCGGCCACGGGGAUGGAGGGGUUUGGUGGCGGCGUCGAGCAGCCCAAGAUGGUGCGGGUCUUCUGCGAUGACUUCGACGCCACCGAUUCCUCGAGCGAUGAGGAGGACGGCGAGCGCCGCCGCGUCAAGCGCUACGUCCAGGAGAUCCGUCUGCAGCCCGCUGUCCAGGUUAAGGUGGAGGAGUCGGCGCCGGUCGCCAAGGCCGCGUCGGCGACCGCGACGGCGACGAGGCCGAGGGUCAUGGUUCCCGUCAGGAAGAGGAAGGCCGAGGCCGGCGGCGAGCGGCGGUUCCGCGGCGUGCGGCGCCGUCCGUGGGGCAAGUACGCGGCGGAGAUCCGCGACCCGUGGCGACGCGUCCGGGUGUGGCUCGGCACCUUCGACACCGCCGAGGAGGCCGCCAAGGUCUACGACUCUGCCGCCAUCAAGCUGCGCGGCCCCGACGCCACCGUCAACUUCCAGCAGUCCGAGGACGGCGAGGACAUGGAGGUCCCGGCGGAGGUCGCCGAGCGCCUUCCACAGCCACCGGCGGGUUCCAAGAACUCCUCCACCUCGGCCACCUCGUACGACUCGUGCGAGGAGUCCCACGUCGCCGCGGCGUCCCCGACCUCCGUCCUCCGCUCCUUCCCUCAGUCCACCUUGCCCGCCGCAGUGGACGGCGACACCGCCAAGAAGCCGUCGUCGUCUUCCAGCACCGCCGAGACCGACGAGUCGAGCGGCGUCUUCGGCUGCUCGUUCUCCGGCGACGACUUCGCGGGCGAGCUGGCGCCGCUCUACAGCGACUUCGACCUCCUCUCCGACUUCGCGGAGCCGCCGAUGGACUUCCUGUCCAACCUCCCGGAGCCGGCCUUCGCGUUCACCAGCGACUGCUCGUCGUCGGCCUUCCAGCCUUGCCCGCCGUCUCCGGCGGCGUUGCAGCAGGCGGACGAGUUCUUCCAAGACAUCACCGACCUGUUCCAAAUCGAUCCCCUCCCCGUCAUCUAGCGGAACAAGUGUAAAACACCGGAUUAGGCGCCUAAUUCGGUCAAUUUUGUUUGCAUUCGUUCGUUUUUCUUUUCUUUUUUGGCUUUUCUUUUCUAGAGAGAGGAGAGAGAGAGAGAGAGAAAGAGAGUAUGGUUUUAUGAUUCGCCUGUGUAGCUGCCUGCCGCCAAACAAUCCCCGGCAGAGGGAAGCCUCGCCGGGGUUUAGACGAGAGUCUGAAAGAAUGAGAUGGCUGUCAUUAGUCCCUUCAUCGCUGGUUUUGUAACCAGCUCUGGAGCCAAGUUAUCAGUAAUUAGCAACAGUAUCAUCGAGUUAUGAGUUGAA